AUGAAGGUCAAGAAGGACGUGGUGGUAGAGUGGGCUAUACCCGAGGACAAAAUACACCCAGUCAAUGCGGUUGCAGUUGCUGUGGAUGAUAAGGAUGGAGGGUCUUGGAGACUGCCUGAUUUUGCAGAACCAAAAGAAACGCCGGAAAAAGAGACCGAAGUAGUGACCUACGACGAGUCAGUGCGAUUUAAAGAGGCGCUGAAUUUCAUGAUAAACAAUAAAGAACCCAAGCCAGAAAAUGUGGAGACAUUCGUCACAAACCCGGACGAUGAUUACUAUUUCUUCGAGGAAACUACAGUUGUGGAAAAGAAGUGGGUAAUCUUCAACGUUAAAUCAAAAGGGGAACUCCAUGUUGUCUUAUCGUCUGUAUCUGGUCUCGAUAAAAACAGAAAAUAUGAAAUUAUUCUGGGCUGCGACGCAAACAACAAGUCCAAAAUACUCGAAAAUGGAGAAGUGAAAGUGGUGACUGAUACGCAUGAUAUAAUAUCAGACACUGAAUAUCAUGUUUUCUGGAUAACUUGGACGGACCAAAAACUUCGUGUUGGUAGAGGGAAGUUUGAGGGAUUUGAUCUGCUGAUGGAGUUACCAAUACCAGAUGAAAAUUACGAAAUCAUCUCCGCGGCCGUGCUUAGUACUGAUACGGCUGAAUGGCAGGUGCUCAAAGUGACCGGUGAUGUGACCGACUCCACUGAAACCACUACUGUUGAGCAGACGACAGACGAACAGCGAUACCAUAUAACACCUGAAGGAUUAAAGGUUCCCAUAGAAACAAGCAGAAAAGUGUCGGAGUCAGGAGAAGAGGAAAAGCCAUACUUUGAAACUAUCAUCUCCGCCAAAUCCGAGCCAGAUGGCGAAUAUGAGACUUUCGAGGAAUGGACAGAGACAUUUGAGGAGUGGACAGAGUGGACGGUGUUCAGAGUCAAGACUGACCAAGAAGCCAAAGUGGCCCUGUCAGGGAGUUCAGAAACUGGGGGCAGUGAACUGAGGAAGGAUGCAUAUGAGAUCAUUCUUGGAGCUGACAACAACAAAAAGACUUACAUCAAGCAAAACGACCGUAUUGAAGCAGAAGUUUCCAGUAAGGGGAUCCUCAGCUCUGACAACUUCAGAACAUUUUGGUUGUCUUGGGAGGACGCGAAAGUGCAGAUCGGGAGAGGGUACAAGAAGGGCAAUGAUAAGAUCCUGGAAUGGGAGCCGCCGAAGGAAAGCUGGCAAAAGAUUACGAACUUGGGCGUCAGUUCGGGUGUGACAGCGGCAGAGUGGGAGUUCCUCAAGUAUAAAGGUUGGAGGCAGACCGCUGGAGAUGAGUACCUGUUUGAUCAAGAUUAUCCUAGUGAAUCAGAAAGUGAGGGUGGCCUAGACCUGAUAGAAAACUUCAUCACCGUCCUCACUCCUGCGGUUUACGAUUAUCAGUACCUACCAGAAGUACCGGUGACAGAUAAAACAUGGAUUACAUUCCGGCUGAGGGCAGGGUGCAACGGAAAUAUAGCCCUGUCUUCAAUAUACGGGGAAACCGACAGCAAAACGUACGAAAUUCAGCUUGGAGGUAGGGACAACAACCGGUCGAUGAUUCGACAUGGCGGGCAUGGUGCUAUUUAUGCUGAAACUUAUACCAGAGGAGUGUUAAAUCCCCAGGAAUUCCGACCAUUUUGGAUCAGUUGGGAUGGAGGCAAAAUAAGAGUAGGCAGAGGAAACAAGAAGUAUAAGCGAUCUUUCUUAGAAUGGACCAUACCGGAAGAGAAGAUGCACUCUGUCAAUUGCCUUGCGGUAGCGACAGGAGAGGGAUCCGAUGGGCAAUGGGAAUUUGUAGAAUAUAUAGAUCCAAAUAAAGAAGAAACGAAAGAAGACCGCAUGAAGCAGGCCCGAGUUAGCCUCUUGUGGAUGUCUAAAAAACAAAGAAUGUUAAAUAUAUUGGAGGAUGCCUAUCCGAAUCCUUUGGAUACAAAGGACCUCUUGAGGUUAAUGAAAACGAAACCCACGGACAUGAUGAUGUCCGUGGUGAUGCUGAAGGAAAUGGAGGACAGGGGACUCAUAAAGGAAGUAGAAAAGGGGAAAUGGAUGCGCGCGCAUAUAAUCCUGGCUGCCCCUUCACAUGAUGUCCAUGUCGUGAGAGAGAUGCCUGCCAUACAGUCCCAGGCGCAGCCAACCAUCGCCAUCAUCACCACUCUAUACUAUGAGAAAGUGGCCGUAGACACUAUGAUUGAUAACAAGGUCACCUUUUUGAAGUACACCACUGAUGGUGAUUCACAGGUCUUCACCUUUGGUAACAUCGGCAGGCACCGGGUGGUUUCCACCAAAUUUCCCAGUGCCUCCAGCGUGCCAUUAGAGGAAGGAAGGAUAGAAAAGGCAUCUCAGGAACUUUUAGAACUAUUUAGAAGAAUAUCCAACGUGAUCAUAGUUGGUGUGGCAGGAGGCGUUCCUCACUAUUCGGACUUUGACAAACACGUCCGCCGCGGUGACAUUGUCGUUGGGUUUGCCAGGGAAUCUCAAGGCCACGUUUAUAUACACUGUGAUAAGUUAGAAACGGCUUCUGAAGAUGGAAGUAAACUCCGUUUCAUCACACGUUCUUGGGGUAGCCGUGACUACUCCAUGAAGUCCGUUGUCAAACGCCUUAAAUCAAUGGCAGAGCAUCUUUCAGCACGUGAAAGGCCUUGGGAAGAACACAUUUUUGCGGGACAGGAAACCCUCCACAGUGAAGACUCUGCUUUCCAAAGACCUUCAGUCAAAUCUGAUCGCCUCUUUUACAAAAUGGAAGAUGGCGAAGUGGUACGGGUUCAACACCCUAAACCCCCGAGAGCUUUUGAGAGUUUGUACCCGGAAAAUGUACCAACCGUGCGUUUCGGAACGAUUGCCUCAGGUCGCCCAAUCAUACGUCACCAAGACUUCCGCAGCCAAUUUGCGGCAGUGUCGGGUGCUUUGGCUUUCAGCUCAAAUUAUUCUGAAUUGGUUGAGACUUUGGCGAAGAGAGGAAAGGACAAUUUCCUCGUUAUACAAGGAAUAUGUGAUUACGAAAGCGGGGAGAAGAAAGGGUGGCGACCAUAUUCAGCUUUGUGUGCCGCUGCUUUUGCCAAGACUGUGAUUAACCAGCUUUAUUAAUUGCAAGUGUAAUGUGGACGGGUUUGUUGUUUAUCAGUUAUAGCGUAAGUGAAGGUAUCAUGUAAGAAAAUUUUCAUUUAGAGCAGUGUCUUUCAUAAGUAUAUCACAGUAAAAUCAGCAGUUUAUGGUUUGUCAUUUAAUGCACAAAACAUAACCAGUCGUCCUAGCUCAUAUAUGAACUUGAGCAUGAGAUUUCAUUUUAACUCUGUGCCAUCUUGCGCAAUAAUAUUCAUUUCCAUUUUUUUAUAAUUGAUCACUCUUUUACCAAGUUGUAGAUUGGUAAUUUUUAUUAUCUAAGAUAAUGAAAUGCCUAAUGUUUUUUGUUGGCUUAUGAUGCUUACACAGACUAUAUAACUCGAACAGAUUAUAUGUUAAGUAGUGGUUUGAAAAACCCUGCGUGCUACAAAGUCUUACGGUGGAUAGUUGUGAUUUUUUUCAAUGCUGUAAAGCACAUCGCUACCAGUGGUUACUGCAGAACGUUUGUACUACUUUUUAACAGGGACACCUGUGUAAUUAUAGACUAAGCGUAUGAUAAUUAUACUAGGCGUUAAACCAAUGAUCAUUAUGCACUCACACAUGAGUCUACGUUUACUUCGUGGUUUGUCAUGCCAGAAUUUACAAAUCUAAAGGUAUAGGGAUGGUUCUUGUAAAUUUGUCGUUCUAAAUGUCAUUCCCGCCUUUAAAAGAUUGAUAUGGUGGAAUGUGUAUCUUUUCAUCCUUACAUAUUUUAACGCCAUAUGCACCGAAAAUGUUUCCAUUCCCCUGUGAUGUUUCUUAAGAGUGUUUUCUCGUUAUACAUUGUGUAUAUAAUUUCCAUCUAACUUUUGCUAUUUUGCACCUCUAAAUAAUUUAGGUUUUCACUGAUGAUAUUAGACAGGUGGCUUUUACAUUAUUCAUGAUCUUUGAAUGCUUGAUGUUUUUAUAUUAUUAGUUGGUAUUUUUAUAUCUCAUUUCAUAUAUUGACGUUUAUCUGGUUUAUCUAUAACAAGACGUGUUUGACGAAAUCAGUUAAUUAACUGAGUAUUUAGCAUUUUAUAUGUCUAUAUUCACGCCAGUAAUAAUUACCAAGUAUGUCUUAAUUAUGUUUUAACUAGAAAAGAACUUUUCCGUACGGCAUCACCAUUUUUUGUUAGCUGAUGACAUUCUAAGAAGCUACAAAAAUCUUGUUUUUAUAUUAAAAAGGGAUAAAUAGCGUACAUCUGUAUAUUGUUAAAUGAUUGAGGUUUAAGUGAAGGGGCAUUUAAUGUUGACUCGCUUUGCAAUUUAAAAAUAAAUGUCUAAAAGACUUGUUGA